AUGCCGUUUAUAAUCCGCGUCCUUCCUUUGCGCGUUCACUCAUCUCUCAUGGCUGUGCUGCUGUGCACGGUGCUGCUGUGCGCUGCUGUGCGCGGUGCUGCUGUGCGCGGGGCUGCUGUGCGCGGGGCUGCUGUGCGCGGGGCUGCUGUGCGCGGGGCUGCUGUUCACUGGGCGUUCGCUGGCAUCAAUGUGUGUGCUCCGUUCGCCCUCUUGUAUGCUGUGUCCGUGCCCCAUCUUCUCGUGUGUGCUGGAUGGCGUGGUGCCACGGUGCGGGGCACGGGGCAGGCGCUGGUGGUGAUGGAGUACCUGGUGGCGCAUGGCACCGAGCGCGUCGUCAAAGACCUGCGCGACCGCUCUGCCUUCAUUCAGGGCCUGGCCGAUUUCCAGUACAUGGACAGCGCGGGCAAGGACCAGGGCCUCAACGUGCGCACCAAGGCGCAGUCGCUGCUCGCCCUGCUGCGCGACUCCGCGCGCAUUGCUGAGCUCAGGGAGCGUGCUGCUGCCACCCGCAACAGGUUCAAAGGCGUGUCAGUAGCGGGCUCGGGGCGGGCAUCGAACCCGUAUGGCGACUACGAGCCAGACAAGCAAGUUAAGGACUCGCACCCCACGGCCAGCUACGGCAGCAACAGCUACGCGGGCGACGGCAGGAGUGUGUACAGCACGGGGUCCGCGGAGAGGGAGAGGGAGGGGGAGGGGGUGCACUCCACUGACAGCGCACACAGUGGCGAGGGCGAGAGGCCGGGCGGGUACACAGACAAGGAGAGGUACGGGGCGGAGGAGGAGGUGGAGCACAGCAGCACGGGGGGCGGUGCAGCGAGGGCAGGCGGGCACGAGGGAGGGGGUGUGGCAGGCAGCAGGGUGGCGGGCAGCAGUGCUGGCGGGGAAGGUGUGACAGCGGGGCAGGGCGGGGGCGGUGGGGGCGGUGGUACGCCGCAGAGUGCGCCCAGGCCUGCUGCCGUGCCCAGCACUGCAGCAGCCAGCGCCAGUCCUUUUGGAGAGGAAGGCUUCUCAGCAAGGUGGGUCUUUUUCCACAAGUAUUAUUUUCUCCCCGCAUCCAUUCAUCUCCGCUUGGAAGUUCCCUUUUCCAGCGUCAAGCAGCUGAUGGUAGCCUGGCACGUCACUGUCUGGGUGCCUACCAUGCUCACCAUGCCAACUCGCCCUUUCCCUCCUUCCUCCUCCGGAACCACCCACAGCAGCGCCUACGGCCCAGGCCCAACACAGCCCUACACCUACCCGCCCUCCGAUGCCUCUCCUGCUGCUGCUGCUGCUGCGGCGGCGGCGCCAGCAGCAGCGGCGUCUGGUGGAGGGGGCGGGGGGUUUGACGAUGACGACUUUGACCCGCGCUCCGCACCACAGCAGCCACAACCCCCACAGCAGCAGCAGCAGCAGCAGCAGCAGCAGCAGCAGCAGCAGCAGCAGCAGCAGCAGCAGCAGCAGCAGCAGCAGCAGCAGCAGCAGCAGCAGCAGCAGCAGCAGCAGCAGCAGCAGCAGCAGCAGCAGCAGCAGCAGCAGCAGCAGCAGCAGCAGCAGCAGCAGCAGCCGCAGCAGCCGCAGCAGGCAGCGGUGGCGGCAUCUGGUUACGCAGACCCCUCCCAGCCUGCUGCGCCAACUACACCAUAUGCCUUCUCUGCCUCAGACGCUGGCCCCACCUCCUCCGUUGCUCCCCCCCAUCCCACUGCCCAUCACCCGCCCCCCCCUACCUCCGUGACUGCACCUGCUUCUGCGGCCCCCCCUGCUGCUGCCGGCGUGGGCGGUGAGGGCAAGGGCAGUGCGAGUGGGGGGGCGGGUGCGGGAGUGAAGAAGUCGAGUGUGUUCUCAGACGUGCUCAGUGCCGGCCUCGUGGACCUCGACAUCUCUAAGGCAUCACCCUUCUCCCACGUGCCAUUCCCACUCCUCUCACCUUCCACUCUCCCUUGCUCUGCCAUCCCCUUACCCACCAUCUCCUUUCACCCGUGCGCCACCCCCUGCCACCACACCUGCGUGGCGGCAUCAGAGCCGGACGACCCACUGAGCUCGGUGGGCGUGAUGCCCAAGUCGAAGCUCAGGUCGGCGCGCGAGCGCAAGGAGGACGCCAGCCGCCACCAGCAGCAGCAGCACCUGGGGCAGGGGCAGGGGCAGGGGCAGCAGGGCGGUGUGCCCGCUGCCAUGGGCCGUGCCAUGGGGCCUGGUGCUGGUGCCGGUGGCAUGGGUGGGGGGGCAGGCAUGGGGGGCAUGGGGGGCAUGGGGGGGAUGGGAGGCAUGGGAGGCAUGGGUGGCAUGGGUGGUGGGAUGGGAAUGGGAGGAGGAAUGGGGGGGAUGGGGGCGAUGGGCGGAAUGGGUGGUGGAAUGGGUGCCAUGGGCGGUGGUGGUGGUGCCUAUGGUAUGCAGGGUGGUGGCGACCCCCCAUUUGCGGACCCCGUCAUGGCCCUGCCGCGCCUUCCCGCACCCGCCGCGUGCCUGCCACGCGCCUGCCGCACACCUGCCGCACCCUGCCGCGCGCCUUCCCACGCGCCUGCUGUGCGCCCUGCCGUGCCAUAG